AUCCUCCACAAACUAAAGAAGCCUAUUGGUACAGAGAUCAAUUUGAAAGUUUAUUCCCAGGAGAUCAUUGUACUGAAAGUGUAGUAAGAUGGAUUCCAAGGAGAGAUUGGGGAUGUCCUGAAGAUCCAUCUGGUCGUGCUCAAAGUGCUCAUAAUUCUUCAUAUAGUCAAGAUGAUUUAGCUCGAUACAAUUCUCAUGAACAAAAUAAUCAUAUUCUCGAAAGUCAACUAUAG